CCAAUAAAGUGCGUACAUCUGAGGAGCGAUCCGCUGACAGGAUGACGUUAGAUCCUUUCGGUAAACCUCUAGAGCUUAUCCUACACGUAUCUCCCCUGAUCCAAGGACCGACUUCUGAGAAGUCUGCUAUAAUUAACCAAUAGCAUUGAUGAUUCUAUUUGUGACAUUCCCAGGAUGGGGUUCCUUCUCUGACCAGAGUGGCCAAAGUGACGGCAGACGCCGCCGGGUAGGCAUUGGUUCCUUGGCUGCUCGUUAAGCUGAAGGGGUCAUUUGUCUUGCCAACGCAGUUAAUGAAAAUAGUGUUUGGGAAUAUUCUUGUGAUAUUUUCUUUCCUAAUGGUAUCCCAGUUUUGAGACCUAGAGUCAUGAUAAAUCAGAGCUAUGAUGAAGACCAGAACUAUACCAUGUUUCACUUUUGCAACCCUUACGCCUACAAGGAGGCUUUCGUAUUCUAUGGGAUUCUGUACCCUGCCAUUGCCAUCCUGAUGGUCAUCACUAAUGUGAUCGUAGCGGGAGUUUUCCUGAGACAGAAGAAGAAGUCUCCAACCACGGUGUUACUCAUCGGUUUGGCCAUCGCCGAUGCAGGGGUCGGGGCGGUGACUGUCCCUCUACACAUUUACUAUCAUAGCCUACAGAACUACAUGUUUACGAUGGAAUACCCCGGAUGUAUCUACUACCACGUGGCGCCGGUGGUUUCUACCAUUCUCCAUACUGUGUCUGUGUGGGUUACCACUGUUUUAGGGGUCCAAAGGUACUUGGUCGUAUCUCAUCCUUUCCUAGGACCAAAAUACUGUACAAUAAAAGUCUCUGUGAUUGUUCUCGUAUGUGUUUACAUUCUUGCAACCGUUAUGUACUUCCCACAGUUCUUUUAUCAUCAAUUUAAAGAAACACACGUUGAUAAUGGAUACGGGUAUAUGGUUUACGUGUGUGAAUGUUGGCAAACGGAAGUACCCGCCCAAUACGAAAGUAAACUAAAAAUUCUUAAAUUGUCUGUCGCCAAAUUGAUUCCUUGCAUUAUUCUGGGCAUCACGACCAUUCUACUCGUUAAAAGAUUCGACACGGAAGUUAGGCAAUCUGGAAGCCUACACGCUGACCAUCAUAGGCCAGAGAGGGAAUUCCGAGAAACAAGACUUAUUCGGAGAACUUCGCUCAUGAUCGCUGUCAUAGUUAUAUGUUGUUUGGCGGUUGAAGUUCCAAGUGGAUUACGAUUUCUCAUUAAAACUAUAAAUGCUGAAGCUAUUGAUCCAGAAACGGACCUUUUCUUAAUAGCUGUUCUCAAUGUUUGUACUCUUCUGAAUUUUCAUAUUAAUUUUUGGAUUUACGUUUGUCUUAGCCAGGAGUUUAGACGAAUUCUUAGAGGAUUUUUCUGUCGAUGGAAUAGAAAAUAUCAAAAGGUACAUUUGAUAAGCCAAAGUUCUAUGAAAACUACGACGGAGAACUUGUAGCUUUUAUACGUUUUGCAUUAUUUAUAAAUCUGACAGUUUCCAAACAAUUAAAUCAAGCUUGACAGUGGCAUGUUUCAUUUUUGUUUCAACAGCAAAUAAAGCGUAGACGUAUUUGGGUAGUGAUAUUUGCUUUUUAUCCUGUGUUGGUCGAAUGUGAGCAGGAUUAAUUCUCCUUUUAGGCAUGCUUAUCAUUUCUUAAUAAUUUGUUUUUGCUACCUUUGAAAUUGCUAAGUAUAGAUAUGUUCAUUUGUAAAAAGAUAACGUUCACCAUUUAUUGCUGCUUUACCAACGUUAAAUAAAAUUAAUUUGAAUUCAAUAUUCAACAGAGAAAAAACGUUUCCUUAUUAAACCACGAUUUAUCCACUUGUCAUUGAGGGUUACUAUAUGAUAAUAAAUUCACAAAUGUGAAAUAUUGA